ACAACCAACAGAAAACAACAAGGGAAACAAAAGCUAAGGGAGCACAGCCCGCACCCAAGCAAAAACAAAAAACACUAAAACAUUCUACAACGACACCAGCCAAACUCGCAAAUUUUGAGUUAUAAAAGGUCAUUUUUUACAAAUUUGCAAUGCUUGUAUAAUAACACUUUAAACAUUAACAUUUGAUUUUUGCCUUGUUUUUUCCCUGUAUGAAUUAAAGGUUAGUUCCUACUUCCUAAUCAAUGGCGAAGAGACAAAAGUUAAAAGUGCUAAGUGUACUUGACGUAGCAAAGACACAAUGGUACCACUUGAAAGUUUUCAUGAUUCUUGGUAUGGGCUUCUUUACUAAUGUCUAUGAGCUUUUCUCCAUAUCUGUGGUGACCAAAAUCUUAGGCCGUCUCUAUUACACUGAGCCAAAUCCAACUAGCCCAGGGUUUAUACCCAUGAAUGUGGCCUUGUGUGGUACCUUUGCUGGGCAACUCAUCUUUGGGUGGUUAGGUGACAAGUUAGGAAGGAAAAAGACACCAGCCCAACAAGCUACACAGCAGAACCAGACUGAACAACACAAGGUUUGCACAAAAGAACUGCACAACAGCAAGCCAGCCUGAGCAGAACAGUAUGCCUGACUGACUGCAAACCUGCAAAACUACGCAACACCAAGACUGAGCAGUAGCAGCAGCUACAACAGCAGGACCUCAAGAACUUUCAGUUUUCAGAUUCAGUAGCAGUAGCAGGACCUCAACAUCAGGACCUCAACAACAGUAGCAGUAGCAGCAGAUUCAGUUUUCUCAUGUUAUCAAAGCUGUAGAUUCUUAAUCUUUCGAGUUUAGUUCCUCUUGUCAGUUAUAGAUUUAGAUUAAGACCCCAAGAACUUUCUUUUUUCCUUUGAUAUAAUAUUCAGGCGUGAUGAGAAGCAAAGCAAGUGAUGCUUACAAGUACAAUAGCUAAAGAAUUUGUACUUGGUAUUCAUUUAUUGGUAAUUGGUAUUCAUUUCUUAUGAUUUUCUUUUUACUGGUGAUUUUAGAUGGAUGAGGAAAUGCUAGAGGAGGAAGUUGGGGAAACAGAAGAAGAGACAAGUACCAAGAAUAUGUGGGAAAGUGUGGAAACUCUCA